UGGUAAAGUCAGUUAGUAAUUUAAGGGAAUUCAGUAUCAAAGUAGCAAACAGUAUUUAGACUUUAGGGUUGUGCAGGCUGUUUUUGUGAGUAUUCUGACAGUAUAGGUUUGCUAUAUAUCAAGGCUUACAUUACCUUGUGUUCAUAAAGCUGAACAAGACGCAACAAGAAAUGUUGUUGAGGAGAAAUCAGAUUGUUCAUGUACGAUCAGGUAUAUGGAUGUUUGAAAUUUGAUUGUUUAUAUUUUAUAGGAUCAUGUAUAUGGAUGUUGGUGGCCUCGUUCCUGAAGCUCCCAGUGUCAGCAACACACAGUAUAGUUGGUGCGACACUAGGGUUCUCGCUUGUGGCUCAUGGUGCUAGUGGGGUCAACUGGAAACAGCUUGGCUACAUCAUUGGUUCCUGGUUCGCCUCACCUCUAUUAUCUGGUGGCAUCUCAACACUUCUCUUCUUCUUUAUAUUUAAAAUGGUUCUUAGCAAGGAGAAACCAUUAGAGCCCGGCUUGAAGCUUCUUCCUAUAUUCUACGGUUUCACCAUAGCGAUCAAUCUGUUCUCUAUCUUCUACAAGGGCUCGCAGUUACUACAUUUCAACAAAAUACCUCUGUAUGGGACGUUUAUAUUAACAUUUGGACCUGCGAUAUUGUUGGCCAUUGUUGUCAAGUUUAUUGUGGUGCCAUGGCAACGAAACAAAAUUGAGCGUCAUGCUAGAGAUAUAGUGAAACAGAAGGAGGAGGAAGGUCUUAUAGAGAGUGACAAAAAUUAUCAAGACACACUCAAUGCACAUUCCAAAGAAGCGGCCGCAUUACGGUCAGAACUGUCUAGUAAAGAUAACAUUGGUGAUUUGCAGCCAAAGUCGACAAGUACACCGGCAAAAAAGAAGAGUCAUCACUUGCCGCUGGGUGUGAACGAUUCAAAUGUUGACGACGUACUCGACGCUGCACAAAGUCGUAGCAACAUAAGUGCAAAAAGUAGUACAUUGUUGAUCCCAAAGAUUGAAAAGAUUGACAGAGAAGAGUUCAUUAUAGAGGUGAAGAAACCAGAAGGUGACAGUAACUGUAGUAGUAACAGUGGAAACACAACGGGUAGCACCGCUAGUCUCGAAACUAAUUCUAGUCUGAAUGAUGAGGAAAGAAGAGAACUAGCUAGAAACAAGAUUAAAGAUACACCAGAAACAAUUGGUCUUUUCUCAUUCCUUCAAGUCCUUACAGCUGUAUUUGGGUCAUUUGCUCAUGGUGGAAAUGAUGUGAGCAAUGCUAUCGGACCACUAGUUGCUAUAUGGAUAACAGCGUCAACAGGAAGUGCCGCACAGAAAGCCCCGGUCCCCAUCUGGAUUCUGAUGCUUGGAGGUGUUGGUAUUUCAGUAGGUCUGUGGGUCAUGGGUAGGCGUGUGAUGAAAACCCUUGGAGAAGAUCUCACAAAAAUCACACCAUCUAGUGGGUUUUGUAUAGAAGUCGGGUCAGCAUUAACAGUAUUACUGGCUUCUAAUGUCGGUAUUCCAGUCUCCACGACGCAUUGUAAAGUUGGAAGUAUAGUAUUCGUGGGUUGGUUUAGAUCACGAGUAGGCGUGGACUGGAAAUUGUUCAGAAAUAUCAUCAUCGCGUGGUUCGUGACUUUGCCAAUUGCUGGCGGACUUAGUGCAGCUUUUAUGGCAGGCUUAAGAGAGCUAGUGUGAUAUCAACCGGAGGAAAGAAAAAGUUCACAUUUCAUGUAUGAUAGUGUGAUGAUAGGAAUUAGUUUAGAUUUUGAAGCUCCUGUUUUUACCUGUAAAAUAAAUGAGUAUAACUUCAAAGAAUGGGAACAAUAUAGAUAAGGAUAACAGAAAGAGAUGUAAAAAAAAUAGGUUUCCUCUGCCAAAGUAGUAGUAGAAAUUUAAACAAAACAAAAAAUGCAAAGAAAGUUUGUCAAUAAUUUUCUAAAGAUGUUGGCAAAAUGGUAAAAUCCUAAUGAUUUAGAGGGUAUUUGAUCAUUCAGGGUAAAGAAAUGCAUGAAAACUGUCUGUGCUCUUCCUGGUGAAAACAACAGAAGAUUGGUUACUUCCACAACUAGAUAAAAAGACAUGCCAAGUCCUUUACUUCAUGUUGGUAGUUGCUCAAAAAAUAAAUGAAAAAUUGAGCUGUAGCACGAGAAAAGGAACCCUGUGUUAAAUUGAAUUUAAUUUUAUUUUACUCUACCAAAUAAUGAAUAGAGAAAUGCUUUGGUAAAAAAACAAUCAAUUCCCUUAGGAAAUUCAAUUAAUUUAACCAUAGGAUUGUAGAUAUAAAGAAUUUAGCCUGGAAUCCCACAAGAACUGGAUGCAGACGUAAAUCCGUACCUGUCUGAUUUUUAUUUUUUUAAACCAAUUACUGCCUAUGCAAUCUUGAGCACUUCUAUAUUAAGAAAAUAAAAUCUAGACAAAAAUGUUUAUUAUUUGUUAUCAGAAUUAGACUUAAUACUUGCAUUGAAUUUGCAUAAAAAAAAUAACAAAACAAAAAUCGGUCAUCAUGGUUCCUUUUCUCGUGUGACAACUCAUUACGUGAUUUUUCAAGACACCAAUAAUGAUCUGAUGAUAUAUUUUUAUACAAAUAACAAGCCUGUUGAUUUUUUUGUUUGUUUUUUUUGUUAUGAAUGCUGUUAAUUGUGUACAUUUCUAUUGUACAUUUGUCUAGAAUGUACCCGGUAAAAUAACAUAAUUCAACGAGCAAUACCAUGUGUAAAUAAUGCCUAUCUACAUUUCCCCUGCCUUCCCCUGGCACCCCAAUAAUAAUAGUAAAUAAAUAAGAAAAUUCUGUCAGAGACUUGGGGUUUUAUUUAUGGGGGUGCUAGCCAGAAAACCGAAAAAACUUUGAACAAGAUAUUUCGUAAAAAAUUUUUUUUUCAAUUUUGAGCAAAAAGAACACCUAUUUCAAAGUAAGUGUAUAAGGUAAUGCAGGGUACCUUAUUUUCACAUGGUUUUGACAGAUUUAUGGCCUAAAUUUGUUUAAGUAUAUGUGUUGUUUUUUUUUUCUAUUAAGUGGGUAUUUUUUCAGUGUGACUUGUAUGUAACAAAUUACUAAUUUUCAUUCUGUAUAUUUCUUUGUUAAGAAGAUAAAUUAUUUUGUACAGUUUUAUAUAAGGAAAUGUUUAUAAGAAUAAUGGUGUAAAUAAAAAGGCUGAGAAAUAAUGUACAUUUUUUGACGAUAUUUUGCUUGGCCUUUUUUCUUUGCAUAAAUAUUUCCUGUAUGCAUGAUUGAAAAUUUUUUAUCAAUAAAAGUUACUGUCGCGCACUGAAGUGAGUAAGAAUUGUAAAUAUUUCGAUACACGGUCACCACAUAUGUUCUGCGAAGCCUUAUUUUCGUUUUACGUUUCUGCAUUUAGAUCUAAUGUUUUUCUUCAAUAUAUUUUGUAACAUUUUGCCUUUCGAUUGAAUACUCAUUCAAGUAUGUAUCAUCAAAGUUUUUUUUUUAUUUCCAUAAUAAGAAUAAACAAACAUGAAUGCUCUCCGUAGCUAGAGUAUACAUUAAAUUUGUUGUAUAUAUCUUUAAGGAGCUCCAAUUAGGUCCAAAAGCCUAAAAACAUAGAAUCUUAAAUUCUUGGUGAGAUUAACUGGCUCACUUAAAAUUGGAAAGAAAAAUGUGCAAGAGAUAAAAGAGAAAUAAUAUGUUUUGAAAAGUUAAAAUCUAUUUGUUUUUUUUUUAUUAAUUUAUUAUUUUUUUUUUUUUGGGUGAGAUGUUGAGCAUGAUUUGAGUUAAAACGUUUCAAUUUUAGAUUAUGUUAAGUCGAACAGUUUUUCAGGAAAAUCAGAGUGAGCAUGUGAUCUGAAUUUUGUACAUAAGUUAUUGAUUUAGGCAUUCAUCAAAAGAUACACAAAUCUCAAAAGAAUAAAUUUAAAACAAAAUAACAAGUCUGCAAUAAAAUGUACUUUCAAGAAAUUUUUUUUUUUUAGAAUUUUUUGUUCUUGUUUUUUGUAUACGAUGUUCCUUUAGUUUUGAAUUUUAUUUGUUUCAGAGUAGCUACUAUUCAUUUGUCAUUAAUGUUUAUUUGUAUUUUUUUGUAGCUAUUUUGUUUGUGGAUUUUGUUGAUAUAUUUUUCUAUUUACAGUUUUGAUUAUUACCUUAAACAAAUUAUGUAAAAUUAACCAAAAGAUUAAGAUUUAAAUUAACCAAAAGAUACUGAUUAAUGUGUAUUCCAAACCAUAUACUCUCAGUAUGAAUAUUUCAUCAGAGGGAAAUAAGUAGAAUUUACACUUAAGCAAGAUGUUUACUUACCUCCCCUGAAUUUUGUUUUAAAAAAUGACAAGUUUUGUUUAUUUGUUUCACUUUAGGCCUUUUCCUAACAGUAUUUCAGUCAUGUAGGCAGGUAGUGUCCUCCUAACCAUCUUCCUGGAGAGUUACACCAGUACUAGACUACCUUCCUCCGUGCUAAACUGACAAGAAUGUUGAGUAAUAAUAAAAAGUAUUGUGAUCUUGCUACAAAAGGAUCAUUACUUUGAUGAAAUCAAAACAUAAAAACUGGAUUGUAACCAAAAAUAUUCAUAUGUGAAAUAAAAACAAUUGUUAUUCUACAAAGAAUUCAUGCUAGAAACAAACGCUUUAAGUUUUGAACUAAUCUAAACAAGCCUAGUUCUACAAGUGAAUUACAUUUAUAUUUAACCCACAACUUAUAAUAUUAUACUAUAUGUAGUAUCAACAAUAAUUAAUCUACAAAUAAACCUUGUUUGCUUUAUUUUACAAGAAAAAGGUUGUUAGUACCAAACUUAAAAUUUAUACUCUCACUAAAUCUGCAAAGUCCUGUUUGAAAAGAAUAAAGAUGGUUUAAAGUUAAAGCAAUGCCUUGAAAAUGGACAUUGUCUUGGUCUAUGCAUCCCUCACUUUAAUAUGGCCUACUAUAUUGAAUAUUACUGUUUAAUUAGUGCUUUCAGUUUGUAUAUAACUUUUGAAAAAACUGUAUAAAAAUACAAAAAGCAAAAAGCAAAAAAAAAAUGUAUAAAAAUUUCAAAAACAGUCCAUGUAAGAUUGGCUACCAAAAAAAGCAACAAACAAUUAAAAAAACAAAACAUGUUCUGUGUAACUUUCUAAGAGUGAAGUUUGUGAACUGAAAUUAUUUUUAUAAGCAUUAUAUGUGGAAAUCUGAUUUUUUUUUAACUUUUGAAAGUUGCUAAAUAUUUGCAAGAUUUUUUAUUCUAAUUUAAAAAAAAACAGAAUAACCAAGUACAUUUUUUGUAAAAUCUAUAUUUUAUGCUUUGUAAAAAAAACCUUCAAAUGUUAUUCAAAGAAAAUUACACAGAACCAAAAUAUGUACAAAAAAACAAAAAAAAACAUUAAACACAUUAAAAAAAAAAUCAUGAAUUAUAUAGUUUUAAGAAGAAUGAUCAUUUAGAAGUUUUAGUUCUUGUUGAUUUAAGUGUGUUUCAACAACAAGAUAAAAUUAUUAUUCUCUUUUGUUAUUGUGUUAUUAUAUAUAAUUUUGUUUAUGUCUCUUGUUUUAACAAUGAUUUAUUUAUCUGCUUGAAGUUUUUUCUUUAAAAGCCAUUUCUCCACCAUUGCAGGGAGCGAACUACAAAUCUUGCUUCUGCAGGAAACCUCCAUUUGUUGCCUCCCCUGAACAUACAUCUUAUGUUUAAAAGGGGAGAAAAAAAACUAGAAUGCAUGUUAUGAACAUGUUUCGAUCUUGGUGCAAGAAUGCUUUGAUAAAAUCAAAACCUAUUGGUGAUUAGCACCAAACAUUUCAUUCAUGAAAUAAAAACAAUAUUUAUUCUACAAACAAUCUAUAUAAGUUCCAAUCUUUUAAUUUCUGAAAUAAGUAUUUGUUCUUCUUUGUUAUAUUGAAAUACUGUUGAUCAAUGGUUCAGUUAUGUAAAUACAUGUAUAAUGCAGUCUGUGGCAAAGUUUAUAUGAACAUAUUGGGACAUAGUAAAUGGAAAAUUUCUGAUUUCAACCCUCAUUUCUUGAACAUCCAUAUAACUACUCCCAUUUUGUUAUGUUCUGCUGUUCCUUCUUUCAAAAAUCAUGUCAUAACAUUUUACAUCUAGUCACUUAUACAAAACCAACCAUUUUAUUUCAUAUAAAACCAGUAUUGGUUACUUUCUUAAAAUGAUUAUCAGGAGUGGGUUUAUAAUAUGCUCCCAGCUUUCAUUACAGAUAUGCUAUAUUUAAGUUAGUAAUACUUUAUUGAGGUUCACCAUUUUUUAUGUACAAAAUUAAAGGUAUCUGCACAUUUUUUAUCAAGAACAAAUAGGUCAAUCAAUGCAGAGUGAAAGAUAUAACAUCCCUGAUAGGAAAAUCCUGUUAAACUGAUAAGAAUAAAGACUUUGAAUAUAUGUGUAACAUAUUUAUAUUAUCCUUGAUAAAGUGUGAACACCUGAAAAGUUGGUUGAAAUCAGAAAGUUGCACUCCAAGGUAACAUUUACUGUGCUAAACCUUGUCAACAUGGCCAUCUUGAGAUGAUUUGAUACUGUAAGUGCCUUGUUAUGAAUUUAUUGCCAUCUGAUAAUGGUAAAUUAAACAUAUCUCAAAAGAAUAAACUCCCUCCUCUCACUAUAUCUUGAAGAUUAAAAAUCACCCAUUUUCCCUUGCCCAAUACAUAUCUCAAACAAUAAAAAUUCCCUGCAUAUCACAAAGAAAUAAAAAUCACCCAACAUAUCAAAAAGAAGAAAAAAUUUCCCAACAUACCUUAAAAUCUCAAACAUAAAAGAGAUCUUCAGUUUCAGAAAAGAAAACAUAGAAUUAACUAGCAAAAGGGAGAGAGAAUUUUAGUAGGUUUACAUAGCCCUUUUCACGGUGAAAAAAAUAUUCAAGCUUCAUGUAUUUAAAACUACAUUGUGCAUGAUUGGGACCUUUGUUUACCAGUUUUAUAAACUACAUUCACCAAUACUUUUUUUUUUCUUUUUCGAUUAUCUUUUCAUGCCACACUUUGUAGAAUUAUUUCUUGUUAUGCUUUUGUCUAGUUUAUAAAUAAAUGUGCUACAAAAAAUGUAUUAUAUUUCAUUUAUGUGUAUUUAUUUAAAAAUGCCAUAUUAUCAUUCAUGUCACAUUCUGAUUGUUUUGUAUAUAUGAUGAUGAUGUUAAAUCAUAAAUAGCGAGAUAAUUUGUUUUUGAAACAUUAAAGGCCCAUUAUGACCUACAUAUCUUGUUUUAACAGUUAAAAAAAAUAUAUAUAUAAUUCUGUGUUUUAUAACAAGUGAGGAGGCAUUAGGAGUUUUGGCAUUUAAAAUAUGAGAUAAGGUCAGAUGAUCUUUGCCUUUUUCUCUUUUCUUCACAACAUCUGGGUAUAUCCAUUAACUGUCUUGGGUUUUGUUUGUUUUUGAUUUCGUUCAUUGUAUAAAUGUAAUUUAGAAAGUGAUCAGAGAAUAAAAUUGUAAAAGAGAAAAUAGAAAAACUUCAGUUUAAAAUGAGUAGAAACAUUGGCACCAGGUAUGAAACACAUUUCAGAAGGGAUGCAAUCAUUAAGAUGUAUGUCUCUCAUCCCAGGGCUAAUGGGUUGAAGCCUUGUUUGGCACUUGACCUUGUUUCCUCGUGUAAUUCUAGUACACUGAAUUGUUUCAAAAUGUUGAUUCAAAUGUGACUGUAAUAUAAGUUGUAAGAACAUGUUUCAUAAUCAGGCAUAAAUUGUUUUAACCACCGUAAGUCAUGGUGGGCCUUUAAUGUAGAUUUAUUUUCAUUUGUGCAGCUAAUUUGUAAAGAAACAGUAUAGUCACUAUGUGAAAAUCUUGUCAUUACCUUUUAUUUUUAGUUUCCCAGUUUCAUUUAAUAAUCAUCAAGAUUUUUGAGGUUUCUUAUUGUUCUUAGUACCGCAUUUACUUUACCUGACUCAUGUUUCUUGUUUUAAGUAAAUAUUUUUUUCUUAGGUAAUUUAGGAGUAUCAAGAACUGUUAACAUGUCAUACAAAUACAUGCAUACAACUCUAUGACAAAGAUUUAACUGCUAUAUACCUCAGAUAUGUAAUUUAAAAGCAGAAGAAAGGGUGUUGGGAGUGUUAUGUGCCACGACUGCUCUUGUUUCUUUAAUGGAGAAGAAGAAGAAAAUCAGUGUAGUCACAUUAUAAUACUAUAUUACAGUGUUAUAGUAAAUUAUUGUCACAUCAGCAAUAUUUGAGAAAGGGGGGAACAUGUAAUCAUAUUAACAAGAGAUAAUCAUAUCAGUAAAACAAUCAUAUCACCAACUGUAGCAUUCCAGUCGCUUUAAAGUUGUUGUUUUCUUCUUUUGCGUGUCUCUUAUUUUAACCCUUACUUAGCUAAACUUAUAUAAUAGACUCGCCCCUACUUCAUAUUUAAACUGUACAUUGUUUAUAUUCCAUCAAAUUAAAACUACAAUACUUAGAAUUAUCACAUAAGCCAUGGCGCAUUUAAUAAAAACAAUAUUACACUAGUGUAAUAGCAAUUUAACAUGAUUUCAUUUGCAGUAUAUACAAACAUGUAAGCAUGACACUAUAGGAGCAUCAUUGAAAAAUGACUGUAUUAGCUGUGAACCAUUUAUAUUUUAGAUUUGAGAUAAAUAGAAAAUUAUAUACAUGUAGAUUCAAUACUAAAUUUAUUAAACUUGUUGGAUAAAACAAUACUAUGCUUGCCAGAGGUCUGCAUAUGAUUUUCACAAUGGUUAAUUUUACUGCUAGUCAAGGCUUUCAGCUUGUGCUUAAUUGUUUGAUAGUGUUAAUAAAAGGCAUAUUAUGUCUUGGAAACAAAUUUUUAUUUCUUAAAAAAAGGGCAAACAUGAGUUUGAUGACAUUUAAAUACUGGCUUUACAGCAUGUUAGAUGCUUGUCACAUGCUAAAUGUGAAAUUAUCUGUCAUGAAAGUAACAAAAUGUAAACAAAGUAGUAUUUUGACAAAAAGUAAGUGUUUUGACUUUCAAUACUAAAUCACUAUAACUGUACUAAUUGCCUAAAGUAACAGAUGAACAAGAAUGGUUUAGGUGAUUGACCAAUGAGUAAAACUUUAGAAACUAUAAAACUACAUCAAAACAUAAAAAGCUUUUGAGAAAUAGAAAUAUUUCUGAGAAGAGUUGUUAUUUAUGUUCUUAAUGCCAGAUUUUUGAUGUAAGGGGUUUUAAUACACAGCUGAUUUAAAAUGACUAAAUCUCUAGAAUAAAUUUGAAACCAUCAGAGAGAUUUAAAAAAGAAAAUGCAUUAUGUGAAGUGUCUGUUCUUGCCUAAGAUAACAAAUAAGAGGCAUUUACUUAAAGCAGUCUUCCGUUACUUAUCUCAAAAUGGUCAUAUGUGUGUAUUUAUGUCUGUGGGUUAUUGUUAUUCUAUUCUCUAGGCCUUGAUAUUGGAUUGCUGAACUUCAUAUUGGAUCACUGAACUUUAUAUAGGACAGUCUUAAAUCCUGGAUAUAUGGAGGUAUUAAAAUAUAUAACAUUGAAACCUUAGAAAAAUUGAGCCUGUUUAUGGACUGCCCAAUAGUACCAGCUUAAGCAGAAUACAACAUAUUAAUAUUGUUUGUCGUUUCCUCAUUCUAUUACAAAAAAACUUUAAUAAAUAUUUGAUAGAAGAUAAUGUUUGUAAUAUCUAUGUCCUGAAUGUUAUUUUACUUUAUGUUCCAUUUGUCUGAAUUACUUGAUAAGUGCUAAUAUUUUUGUUGUUGAUAGAGAAGACAUAAUAUGAUACUGUGAGAUUGAUUGAAUAUUUUUUAGCUUUUGCGAAACUUUUGUAACAGCUUUUUAGAGAGAUUAAAUUUGUGUGUAUUUUUUUUUUUUGUGCGAGUUUUUCGUUUUUCUGUCUGUCUCUAUAAUCCUUGUAUUGACAUAUUUUUGUCUUGCGCUUUUUCUUUAUUGAUGGUAUUUAAAAAAAAAAAUCCUUUUUUUGGUGCAAAAUUGUUUAUAAAUCAAAAGUACUGUAUAUUAUUUUUGUGCAGAAAAACACCCCACUUAUAACGAUACCGCUUUGCCUAUCUAAAAUAAUGACACCUGGAUAUAACAGAUCCCCUGAGUAUCGUUGUCAUCUGCAAAACCCUCUAUAUAAAAUGUAAAUUUUUACUUAUUGAAUUAACUUUAUUCAUAAAAGUAUUAAAGAUAAUGUUUUGAUAAUAAUCAAUAAUUUAUGGUUUUUUGAGGCUCAAAAAGAAAUUAAUUCAAUCUCCAUUGAGCAAACAAAUUCAUUGUUUGUCUGUAAAGGGGGUUUCUCUGCAAAGGUUUUACUGCGAUGUCUUUUUUUUAUUUUCUACAAACAUAUUAAAAUGCAAAAAAUUGUUUCAUUUUAACAAGCCUUUGAAUAUGAUUUUAAUUAAUUUCAGCAUUUUUUUUUUUUCGUUUUCAGUUUACUUGGCUUUGAAUAUAUUCAAAUAUUUGCAUUACAAAUAUAAUAGAUUACUGGAUUUUGUGCCAAUUUGCAGUCAUAAUUUUCACUGCCGUGAAUUGUUUUGAUACUUUGAAAUGAUUUCAUAUGUUGAAUAAAAUUACAACUGAUGUACAUGUUUGUAAAUGCAAAAUGAAAAUAAAAUAAUUUAUGACUGAA